GCCGCCGUCGUUCACAUCUUCCGUGCGGUAAAUCAGACGGACAGCACCCGUAGCCAUGGCCUCGCUUAGGAUCGACUACGUGGACCAGCUACGUCAGUGGCUGUACACCAAGGCUGACCCUAGGACGCGCGACUGGUAUCCCGUGGGAGAUCCCGUCUUUAUCACGGUCAUAGUGUCGAGCUACUUGCUCUUCAUCUACGUCCUCGGACCACAGCUGAUGGCGUCACGCAAGCCCCUGCCCAUCAAAAGGCUCAUCAAUGUCUACAACGUGUUCAUGGUAGUGUCCAAUGCCUUCUUCUGCUGGAAGUUCCUGGCCAACUCCUACCUCUACGGCGGCUACAAUCUCUUCUGUCAGGGAAUGAACUACUCGACGGACGAGCACUCGCUCAACAUCAUGUAUUACGGCUACUUCUACUUGUUCGUGCGCGUCGCCGACUUCCUGGAUACGGUGUUCUUCGUGCUGCGCAAGAAGUACGACCACAUCACGCGCCAGCACGUGAUGCACCAUUCCCUGGUGGUGGUCAACGGCUGGCUCUUCUUCACGUUGGGCGGCGAUGGGCAGACUCUGUUCGGCCUCAUCAUGAACUGCGCCAUCCACGUGGUCAUGUACAGCUACUACUUCCUUGCCGCCUGUGGGCCCGAGUACCGGCGUUACGUGUGGUGGAAGAAGCACCUCACCACCGCUCAGAUAGUCCAGCACGUGCUCAUAAUCGCUCACGGCUUCAUCACUAUCUUCUACGACUGCGGGUAUCCCCGGUACUUGCUCUUGGUGGCGAUGCCUCAGGGGAUGCUGGGACUGGCGCUCUUCAUCAACUUCUACUUCUUCGAGUACAAGCGUAAGACGUUCUCUGAGGCGCUCACCGACGGCGUGUGCAUGCUCAAGAGAGACUAGUCGUGAGUUCGUCUAUCCUUGGUCAUCGGACGGGAAGGACUACGGGUGCCUGUAGUCAGGCGGCAUGCGGCAGUUCUUCCUUCAUUGCCUGCACUUCAACAUCACGUGCAACAUAUGAGGACUGCGGAUUUCGUUGUCUGUAACGCACCGAGCCCGUUCUUCCGUCCGUAUAAUCAAAGCACCACUACAGUGCUCCGUGCUUCAAGUGAGCCACAGUUACAACAAAUGGCGAUGAAAUCUGACCGUAUGCAGCCUGACAAAGUGCGCAACUAUUCUGCUGAAAGUGUAUUCCUCCGCCACGUGACUCAUGCAAACCAUCAACGUCCUGUAAGCGAACCUUGCUACAAGCUGUUUCUUAAUUGUGUUCGUGAAAACUCUGCAAGCGAUACGAAAUGUCCGCAGUGCUCUACUUUUUUGGGAGAAGAGCGGGUUAUGCUUGCGGCAUAUUUUGUUCAGAAGCUCACAGGCAGUCGUUUCCUACUGCGAAUAUUGUAGCGUCUAUCGCUUGUCUUGGUGAAUUCAUACCAUCAAGUGUCGUAGCAGGACUUUCUCAAAGAAGGGCGUGUAGGGUAUUAUUGAAAUAUUAGGUCCCUGACGGUCGGCUUUAUACUUAGAAAUAUGUAAAAUUCCCGUUAGGACAGAACCUACCAGACUUCUGAUGCCCGUCAAAGAAGCUAAAACAAUAAAUAGCCGUGAUUUAUA